CAGCCGCGCCGCCAUUUUGUCUUCCGUUAGCUCCACGAGGGAGGCCGCAGGUGCCUUUCUCUCGUCAAGGUGUUCCCCGCAAGGGCCCAGCACUGUGGAAAGCAGCGGAGACCCCGCGCCGGAGACCCCGCACCGGAAAUGGAGUCAGUGACAUUUGAGGAUGUGGCUGUGGACUUCACCCAGGAGGAGUGGGCUUUGCUGGAUCCUUCCCAAGAGAAUCUCUACAGAGUGGUGAUGCAGGAAACCCUCGAGAACCUGAUCUCUGUAGGACACAGAUGGCGUGAGCAAGCAAGUGAAGAUAAAUACAAAAAUCCUGGGAAACUUUUACGAAGUCAGAUUGUGGAGAGUGAAUAUAAAGAGGAAGCUAGUCAGUGUGGAAAAACCUUCAGAUCUCCAGACUUUCAGUCUCCAGAUCAAACUUUAACUGACAAACCUGGACUACGUCCUUUGGGAUGCUCUGCGUUUAAGGAAGUCCUCAUUGGCCAUUCAUCCCAAAAUGUGCCCCUCAGACCUCACAGUGGAAAGAAGUCGUGUGAGAAUCAAGAACAUGUAGAAAAGCCAUGUAAGUACGGGCAAAAUGAAGAACGCUUUACCCUUCCCCAGUGCUUUGAGAAGCUUGAAACAACAUGUACUGGAGAGAAGCCACCUGAAUGUAAGCAGUGUGGGAAAGCCUUCAAGUAUUAUAGUGGCUUAAAAAGACAUCAAAAAAUGCACACUAGAGGAAAACCCUGUGUGUGUAAGCAGUGUGGGAAAGCCUUCAUUCACUCCAGUGCUCUUCACAUACAUGAAAGAACACAUACUGGUGAGAAAUGCUAUGUUUGCAGGAAAUGUGGGAAAAUGUUUUCACAUUGUGCUUCCCUUCAGCUACAUGAAAAAAUUCACACUGGAGAGAAACCUUAUAAAUGUAAAGAAUGUGGGAAAACUCUCCGGUCUUACAGUGCUCUUCAUGUACAUGAAAGAACUCACACUAGUGAGAAACCUUAUGUGUGCAAAGAAUGUGGAAAAACAUAUGCACAGUGCGCCUCCCUUAAAGUGCACAACAGAAUUCACACUGGAGAGAAACCUUACAAAUGUAAAGAAUGUGGGAAGACCUUCAGGUCCUCUAGUACUCUUCAUGUACAUGAAAGAAUUCACACUGGUGAGAAGCCCUAUGUGUGCAAAGAAUGUGGAAAAACAUUCACACAUUGCUCUUCCCUUCAACAGCACAGAAGAAUUCAUACUGGAGAGAAACCUUAUAAAUGUCAGGAUUGUGAAAAAGCCUUCAGAACCUCCAGUAGUUUACAGAGACAUAAAAGGACUCACAGUAGAGAGAAGCCUUAUGCAUAUAAACAGUGUGGGAAAGCUUUCAGUGACUCCAGUGUUCUUCAUGUGCAUGAAAGAACUCACACUGAUGAGAACCCCUAUGUGUGCAAAGAAUGUGUAAAAACAUUUGCACAUAACACUUCCCUUAAACUGCACAACAGAAUUGACGCUGGAGAGAAACCUUACAAAUGUGAAGAAUGUGGAAAAGCCUUCAGGUCCCCAAGUACUCUUCAUGUACAUAAAAGAACUCACACUGGUGAAAAGCUGUAUGUGUGCACAGAAUGUAAGAAAACAUUUCAGUGUUAUACUUCCCUUCAAAUGCACAGAAGAAUUCAUACUGGAGAGAAACCUUAUGAAUGUCAGGAAUGUAAAAAAGCUUUUAGCACCUCCAGUAAUUUUCAGAGACAUAAAAGGACUCACAGUGGAGAGAAACCUUAUGCAUGUAAACAAUGUGGGAAAGCCUUCAGUUACUCCAGUGUUCUUCAUGUACAUGAAAGAACUCACACUCAUGAGAAGCCCUAUGUGUGCAAAGAAUGUGGAAAAACAUUUGCACAUUGUACUUCCCUUAAAGUGCACAUCAGAAUUCACACUGGAGAGAAACCUUACAAAUGUAAAGAAUGUGGGAAGACCUUCAGGUCCUCUAGUACUCUUCAUGUACAUGAAAGAAUUCACACUGGUGAGAAGCCCUAUGUGUGCAAAGAAUGUGGAAAAACAUUCACACAUUGCUCUUCCCUUCGACUGCACAGAAGAAUUCAUACUGGAGAGAAACCUUACAAAUGUCAGGAUUGUGAAAAAACUUUCAGAACCUCCAGUAUUUUUCAGAGACAUAAAAGGACUCACAGUAGAGAGAAGCCUUAUGCAUGUAAACAGUGUGGAAAAGCUUUCAGUGACUCCAGUGUUCUUCGUGUACAUGAAAGAAUUCACACUGGUGAGAAGCCCUAUGUGUGCAAAGAAUGUGGAAAAACAUUCACACAUUGCUCUUCAACUGCACAGAAUAAUUAAUACUGGAGAGAAACCUUAUAAAUAUCAGGAAUGUUAAAAAGCCUUCAGAACCUCUGGUAGCUUUAGGAGACAUAAAAGGACUCAUUGAUAGUAGAGAGAAACCUUAUGCAUGUAAAUAUGGGAAAGCCUUCAAAUGUGUCAUGUAUCUCAAAGUACAUGAAAGAAUCUAUACUGGAGAAAAGCCUUACGUAUGUCAACUGUAGGAAAGCAUUUAUUUACUCCAGUUCCCUUAUAGUGCACAAAUGAUCUCAUACUGGAGACAAUCUUUAUAAUCGCAAGCAGUGCCAAGCCUUCAGAUGUUCCAGUCAUCUUCACAGACAUUAAAUGGCUCACUGGAGAGAAGCCCCAUAAGCAAAGAAGCAAAGCCUUCCAUCAUUCUCAUACCCUUCAAAUACAUGAAAGAAUCCACACUAGAGAGAAGCCAUAUACAGCUAAGCAGUGUGAGAAAACUAUUCUUACGUUGCAGUUCCUUUCAAGGACAUGUUGGAGAGACACUUAGCUAUAAGCAUUGUGCUAGUGUUAAGUUUUUCUAGUACUCUUCAAAUACAUAAAAGGAUUUAUGCUAGGUACAACUCUUACCUAUGUGAGCAAUAGAAAAACCUUCACUUUUCCCAAGUAUUGAAGACAAGAAAUUCUAUGUAUGUAAGCAAUAAGGAAAUACCUUCAGAUGUUCCAGUUUCCUUCAAAAAAUGAAAAAAUUCAGAGAAGACUAUGUACAUAAAGAAAAGCCUUGACUCAUUCUCCUUUCCUGAAUACAUUCCACCUGUGUUCAAUUCGUGAAAAGAAACACUAAAUAUAGGAUGGCAAAACCUUCGUUACUGUAUCACCUGUCUGAAAUGCUCAAAUGCAUAGUGGAGCAGAGUCAUCAUUGUACGGUGUGGGAAACAGUCAUCUUUUAUUCACAGAUUUUAGUAAAUAAAUAUGUAAGUAAAUCCCUUAAGUAUAAUAGACCUCAGUUGUCCACAUGAAAGAAUUAACACUGGGGCCAGGGAUAGAGCUCAGCAGCCCAGCACCUGCCUGCAAGCGUAAGGUCCUGAGUUUGAUUCCCAGUACCAAAGGAAAAAAAAACACUGGAUAAAAUUCUCUAUAUGUCAAAAAUACUAAUUGGCAGUCGCAAUUAAUACUUUCCAAGACCAGUGAAAAUUCAUCCCAUGAAAUUCUGUGAAUGUAAGUAACACAGUGUAAAGAGAACGAGGCAAUGUAAUUUGGAUAAAAUGCACCAGAAGAUGCCCCAUUUGAAGGAAAUGUAAAAGGUAUGCAUUGUCCUUGUCAGUGGCUCCUUGUUAAAGUUCAUCUCUGGAUUAUGGAUGUUUUACUGUGGAAAACAAAAACAUGUGCUAAGUGUUAUUAAAGCAGUAGUAUAUGAGGUGUGUGUGGAUUUUUCCCCCUAUACUGGGGAUUGAACUCGGGGUGCUUCUACAGCUCAUCUACAUCUGUAGUCAUACAACAUUUACUAUAUCUGUACAUUGUUGAUUUAUGUAUUUGUUAUUAACCAUAUAUAUAAAGAUAAAUAUAAUUUUGACACAAAUUAUAAGUUGACCAAGCCAGCCCAAAACUUUUGGUCCUCCUGUUCAAAUCUCCCAGAGUUGGGAUUAUACUUGUGUGCCACAGUGCCCAGGGUGGUGUAGAAACUUUAUUUUCUUCAAGUUACUCAGUAAUACAAGGAUUAUUCUAUUGACAGUACACGGAAUUUUCACCAACUUUUUUUUCAUUUCUUGGGACUGAACCCAGUAUCUCUCACAUGCAUAGAAAAGGCUCUGCCAGUAACUCACAGUGUUCGAUUUUUUAUUUUUAUUUUGAGACAUUUGCACUUAAUUCUCCAGGUUGACACAGAACUGUUUCUUUUGCCGUAGUGUCCUGAUUAGCUUGGAUUAGAGGCAUGCUUCAUCAUGCUGAAAAGUUUAUGUAUAAUCCAUCUUUUUUUAAUAAAAAGGAGUUUUCAGUGUGACAGUUGAGGCAGUGGCACUGUACAUGCCUACAAUAGACAGGCCAUGUGCUCAAUGCCAAGCAGGACAGACGAUGAAAAUGCAACUUUUGGCUGCAUAUUUUACUGUUUCAGUUUCCUUCAAACAUGUUUGUUCUAGAUAAUUUCCAAACUAAGCAUUACAAAGAAUGUGUGAAAAGUUAAGUUUAGAUUGUGAAAGGGAAAGAAACUGCUCAAAAGGAAAGAACAACUGAGCUGAGGGAAAAGAGGAAAGAAAGAAGGGAAAU